GUGGUAUUGUUAAAAUUGUACGGAGAUACACAGCUUUAGAACAGUCUAAAAUAUAAGUAUAUAUAAUAUAUAAGACAUACUCUUCUACUUAUUUUUACGAAUCAGUCCCGUUGAGUUCGUAAGGCCGACAACUUGUCAAAAUUAGAAAUCCGACAAUUCUACAGUUUUCGCGAAACAAGAUGCUAAGAGAAUCAAUACUUUUGUCCCUGACUAUAGCUGUUCUACUCUUUGUCAGCAUAAUUCCAAAUAUUAGUGGAAAGCCUCUUGAACAGAGUAUGCAAGGAAAAGAAGAUCAGCUUUAUCGUAAUCAGGAUGGAGCCAUUGUGAUUGUAACAUCUUGUGAAAACUGCUCCGAAACUAGACCUAAAAUUGUAAAUGAGUAUGCAAACAUGUCACAUGGGUCUGCAGAAUAUGGUGGUUCAUCGCAAGCAGAUAGUGGCAUGGCUGAAACGAAUGAUGUAUCAGAAUCAUUAGAACGCGAUGCAUGAACAUGUGUAUAGUUUUGUUUAAAGCUGGAAGGUUCUCGAAAAAUUACAAAUUUCUGAGAGCUCAGAGAUAACACUUUGCCCAAGAGCGUGAUUUUUGUAAAAAUCUAGUACCAUAGCAUAGGAAUUAAAUAAAAAGCACUAAA